GUGCCUUUCUCUAACUGCAGCAGGGACUGCCUCCCAGGCACAAGGAAGGGCAUUAUUGAGGGAGAGCCCACCUGCUGCUUCGAGUGUGUGGACUGCCCUGACGGGGAGUACAGUGAUGAAACAGAUGCAAGUGCCUGUGACAAGUGCCCUGAGGAUUACUGGUCCAAUGAGAACCACACAUCCUGCAUCCCCAAGCAGAUAGAGUUUCUGUCCUGGACCGAGCCCUUUGGGAUCGCUCUGACUCUCUUUGCUGUGCUGGGAAUUUUCCUGACUUCUUUUGUCCUGGGAGUCUUCACCAAAUUUCGCAACACACCCAUCGUCAAGGCCACAAACCGGGAGCUGUCCUACCUCCUCCUCUUCUCCUUGCUCUGCUGCUUCUCCAGCUCGUUGUUUUUUAUUGGUGAGCCUCAGAACUGGACUUGCCGUCUGCGGCAGCCAGCUUUUGGCAUCAGCUUUGUCCUCUGCAUCUCCUGCAUCCUGGUGAAAACCAACCGUGUCCUGCUCGUUUUUGAGGCAAAGAUCCCCACAAGCCUCCACCGAAAGUGGUGGGGCCUCAACCUCCAGUUCCUCCUGGUCUUCUUGUGCACGUUCGUGCAGAUUGUCAUCUGUGUGAUUUGGCUCUACACGGCCCCACCAUCCAGUUACCGAAACCAUGAACUGGAGGAUGAGAUUAUCUUUAUCACCUGCCAUGAAGGCUCCCUGAUGGCCCUCGGCUUCCUCAUUGGCUACACCUGCCUCCUGGCAGCCAUCUGCUUCUUCUUCGCCUUCAAGUCUCGAAAGCUGCCUGAGAAUUUUAACGAGGCCAAGUUCAUCACCUUUAGCAUGCUGAUAUUCUUCAUUGUGUGGAUCUCCUUCAUCCCUGCUUAUGCCAGCACGUAUGGCAAGUUUGUCUCUGCCGUGGAAGUGAUUGCGAUACUGGCUGCCAGCUUCGGUCUCCUGGCCUGCAUCUUCUUCAACAAAGUCUACAUCAUCCUCUUCAAGCCCUCCCGCAACACAAUCGAGGAGGUGCGCUGCAGCACAGCUGCCCACGCUUUCAAGGUGGCCGCCAGGGCCACGCUGAGACGGAGCAAUGUGUCACGCAAGCGCUCCAACAGCCUGGGGGGCUCCACCGGCUCCACCCCUACCUCUUCCAUCAGCAGCAAGAGCAACCAUGAGGACCCUUUUCCUCUACCAGCCUCUGCCGAGCGGCAGCGCCAGCAGCAACGUGGGUGCAAGCAAAAAGUCAGCUUCGGGAGUGGUACGGUCACCCUGUCACUGAGCUUUGAGGAGCCUCAGAAGAACGCCAUGGCCAACAGGAAGAAACUGGAGGCCCAGAACAGUGACGACAGCCUGAUGCGACACCGGGCGCUGCUUCCCCUGCAGAACAGUGAGCCCCUCAGCACUGAGCCCAGCUUCCAGGCAGCUUCCAGCCUGGAGACCAGCUCGCAGGAGUCAGUGGUGGGAGACACCAAAGAAGAGGUGCCAAGCCCUGAGGUGGAGCUUUCCCUGCCAUCGGCUAACUCCCGAAAUUUUAUAGGCGCUGGAGGUGUCUCUGUCACAGAGAACACGGUACAUUCCUAA